CUGACCAAAACAGCAUGGGAUUGUUUUGAUUUGGUUUUGAUGUAGAAAUUGUGUCGGCUUUGUAAAAAUAAUAUCCUGAAAAACUUUAUCUUUAAAUUCUUUCAGUGUUUCAAUCGUUCCUUGCACUAUUGCAAUCGUACCUUUGAAUCGUUUUCUUCUUUUACAAGGAAAAUGUAUUGCGCGUGUCGGAGGGUGUUUUUCUUGCCCGGUCUGUUGAGAUUCGCAUCCUCGUCGGGUCCAAAGGCGCUGCGUCCCAAAAAGGGCAAGUCGCAAAGUCUCAUUCCUCCGAAGGCGCUGGUCGACUUUAAGAUUGUCAAAGCGUUUGCCGGAAAAGGUGGCGAUGGUUGCGUUUCUUUUGCUCAAACUUACAGCAAAGCCGAGGCUGGGCCGGACGGUGGUGACGGCGGAAACGGAGGGGACGUCAUUUUUCAGGCCUGUGCCAACGUGUCCGGACUGAAUAAUAUUUCGACAGACAUCAAGGCGCCUCCAGGAAUCAAAGGCAAAAAUAAGGAACUUCACGGAGCCAAUGGGCAGAACCUCCUUUUAAAGGUUCCGAUUGGGACCAUCAUUAAAGAGGAAGGCAAAGAAAUCAUGGACUUGGCUGAGGACGGCGUGAAAUUUGUUGCUGCCAGAGGAGGAGCUGGUGGCAAGGGCAACAAAUUUUUUGCCACAGACACAAAUCAGACCCCUGAAAUCGCUGAGCUUGGGAUGGAGGGAGAUUAUAAAGUUCUUUCCCUGGAAAUUAGGAGCAUGGCACACAUAGGACUGAUUGGAUUUCCAAAUGCAGGGAAAAGCUCCCUCCUGCAGUCGAUUACUAGAGCUCGACCCAAGGUGGCAUCUUACCCAUUCACAACUCUUGGUCCCUACCUCGGAGUCAUUCCAUACAACGAUUAUCGCAAAUUAAUUGUUGCAGAUCUGCCUGGGCUUAUUCAGGGAGCGCACAAAAACAGAGGUCUGGGCCACUCAUUCCUGAGACACGCCACUCGCUGCUUGUCUCUUGUGUUUGUAGUCGACCUGGCUCAACCUUGGCCACAGCCUCUUCAUGAGCUGUACACUCUGAGAGAGGAGCUUCGGCAGUACAGUGAAUCGGUGGCUCAACAACGAGGCUGGGCCAUUGCUGCAAAUAAAAUUGACCUCCAACUUGCACAGGAAAAUUUACCGCUUUUGGAAAAAGAGGCAGAAGAAUUUCUGGCGCAUCCUGGGGAGCCAAAGCCAUUCAUGAUCGUUCCAAUUUCUGCAAAAACUGGCCAAGGCAUGCCAACAUUUGUCCAAGAGAUGAGAAGACUGGCCGAAGAAAGUGGAUUUUUGUCUGACGAAGACGAUUUGUAAAAUAAAGGUUAAAAGUAAAUG